AUGGCCCGCAUGCCACCGCACCCAGCUGCCCUGUUCCGCUAUUCUCGCUCAUUAGCUCAAGACCCCAACAUCAGGCCUGUUGGUAAUGGUCAUCAGUUCAGCUACCAGAGGGUUCUUGGUCCAGAACAAUUGAGCCCUCGAUCCUCAUCAUCAAGUUCCAAUGCUGAUGCAGAGUCUUCACUUUCCAAAUCUGCGCAAUCACGGAAUGUGGCGAGGCCGCCGGUCGCCGAAUCAUCUGUCGAUGAAAGCGAUUCAGAUACGAACCCAGGUGAUACGUAUGAUGAUGAGGAUGAUAACGGAUAUGACGACCACGACGACCGCGACGACCACGACCGCGACGACUGCGACGUUGGUAAAAAUGACAGUCGCAACGAUGAUAAAGCCAAAGAUGGGGUUGAUGAGGAUAAAAGAGAACAAGACAAGGAUGAAAAGGUACACUCAAGACUCGGUCUUCGACUGGCGACGGAAUCUGCAUCGGAAUCCAUGUCGCAAGCUGACUCAGAGGCUGAAACUUCACGCGACCAGCCUUGGGCCGACUCGGCGUUCAGCAGUACCCUGGUUUGCGAUUUCGUGAUAGAAGAAAUCGACGCAAUGGAUAGUGGAUGCGAGGGGCUUGAGAUACUUCACCCCACUGAAAUUGAAUCAAACCGGAGCCGAUCCAGAUCUCGCCAUAAGGAUUUCGAUGGAGGCAUGGUACGAGAUUUCAAAAAUCUCAACUGCAGCAACGAGACUUCCGACAAUGAAGACGAAUCCCCUGCCGGUUUUGACGGAGAAAUGUUGUUCCACCAAAGACAAAUGGAAAUGAGACGGAACCGAAGGGUUAGCAUGUCCAGCAGUUUUGGCAAGCGAACGCACAGUGAAUUGAGCGAUUCAGAUGACUCUGACGCUGGGACCCUCGACGUCAACGACGUCGGGUCGAGUGCGCGGCGGAUGCCGAAGCGAUUACAUCGUGUCAGCCUGAUGUUUCAGGACCCUCCUGCUCCACGAAUCGACGAGCUCGACGAGCCCGAUUCUGGCGAGGAGGAACUUGCCAGUGCAGAUCCGCUGGCUCGCGAGUUGCCGUACUGGACGAUGGAGGUUAUGGAGAUGGAUUCGGCAUAA